UCGCUCUCGAUGGUUUAUUUUGCCAGCCGCACCCUCUGUCAAAAACAAAAAGAAUUUAUAUUGGAUUAAAAUCGUAAAAUGGUGACCGAAGUUCGAAUUGUUAAAUAACCAUGUCUAUUGCGACUCGUUCCAAUUCCGCUGUAUACAAAAGAGCUGAGCAACUUAAAAGAUGGGAAGAAUCGGACACCAAUCGAGAGCCAGUGUCUCCUAAAACGAAAUCGCGUAAAAUAAAGUUCUCAUCAGGUUGUGUAUUUCUUGCAGCAUGUGCCGCUGGUGAUAAAGAUGAAGUUCUCAAGUUAUUGGAAAAGGGGGCCGACAUUAAUACGGCUAAUGUUGAUGGAUUAACGGCGUUGCACCAGGCAUGUAUAGAUGACAAUUUGGACAUGGUAGAAUUCUUAGUAGACCAUGGUGCUGAUGUAAAUAGGGGUGACAACGAGGGAUGGACACCCCUUCAUGCCACCUCUAGUUGUGGCUUCCUCUAUAUCGCCAAAUAUCUUAUCGAGAAAGGUGCUAAUGUUGCAGCUGUCAAUAAUGAUGGCGAGCUGGCUAUUGACAUUGCGGAGAGUCAAAAAAUGGAGGAUUUCUUAAAAGAAGAAAUUAGCAGAAGAGGUAUUGACUGUGAACAGGCUAGAAGUGAAGAAGAAAGAAUAAUGCUGGAAGAUGCCAAAGAAUGGUUAGCAACUAAAAGUUCCUUAGUAAACCAGUCACAUCCAAAAGAUGGAGCCACACCUUUGCAUGUAGCUUGUGCAAAAGGCUAUACAGAUGUUUUGAAGGUUUUGCUUCAAUGUGGAGCUGAUCUUGAUGCCCAAGAUGUGGAUGGUUGGACUCCAUUGCAUGCAGCCGCUCACUGGGGUCAAAAAGAAGUAUGUCAAUUAUUAGCAGAAAAUUUAGCAGAUAUGGAUACCAAGAACUAUGUAGGUCAAACUGCAUUCGAUUUAGCGGACACAGAUGUAUUUAGAUACUAUUUGGAGGAUUUGAAAAAGAAACAGAAUAAGGAAGAUCUAACAAUGAAGAGACAAGCAAAGAAGAGAGUUGAACUGCAGGACAGAAUUAUUGAGACUGACACCCCCUCAAAGGUUAAGAAGGUUGAGGUGGAAAUAACUGAACCUAAUGAGAAAAUGAACGACAAUAUUGAAAUGGAAGUAUCCGAUGAUAGUGAUAGCGAAACAGAGACAGAAACGGAAAGCAGUUCUACAGAAUCGAACAGUUCCUGCUCUGAUGAUGAGAAAAAAAAUAAGAUGAAUUCAUUACUAAUAGAGGCUUCAACAACGAAUAAGGAACAAGCAAAGGUCAACCCGCCCAAUCCACCGAAUACUCUGGAUAUUAAUAUGGAAAAUUCUUCAUGGAGGAAGCAGUUUAAUAAAGAUUCAAAAGUGGAAACACCUAGUCCGGUAAAGAGUCCAGGCAAAACUUUAUCAGAUGUUGACUUCGAAAACGAAGUGACAUUGAGAAGGACUCACAGCUUCCAGACAGAUAGAGAGUUUUACACGAAAUAUAUGGCGCUGCAUGCUCGCAUUGAGGCUAAUAAAAAAAAGGCUUCCCUUAUUCCUUACACUGCAAGACCUCAAUCAAACAUAAUAAUGCCUACUUACUUAAAAUCUUCGCAGUUCGACAGGUCGAAAGCAGAAGAAAUAAAACCCAGUGCUAUUACCAACUCAGUUUCCACAAAUACUACGACUUCCCCGACGAAAACAUCACCAACAGUAUCUGUGCCAAACAAUCAGCCUGUCAGAAGCGGUUUGAAAUUAUCUAUGACUGGCUCGAAGGAAAACCUAAAUACAAACAAUUCUCCUACCACACCUACAACGCCUGGAGGAACCAGAUUUCAAGCUUUUAAAAAUUUCUUCAAGUCUUUCGUGCCGCCAGUUCGAGACGAAGAAAGCGAGACGCAGAGGAAGGCACACGCUAAACGUGUACGUGAGACUAGACGCUCUACUCAAGGUGUGACUUUGGAAGAAAUAAAAUCAGCGGAGCAGUUUGUGAAGAACAAGAAUCAGUCAGUAACUCAAGAUACAGGAAAUUCUGGGGUUAAUGGCGAUUCAUUAUCAUCAUCUUCGCCUAAUGGGGUGAGCGUAUCUGCCACAAUAACCACAGCAACACCAACCGUUAUUGCCGCCAAGGAAAGUAGUCCGGAUGACCCUAUACCUACAAUACAAGAAAGACGACCGUCUUGGAGGCUUAGGGUUGAUAACGGUAGCAGUAAGUUUAAGCUAGAGGACGCUUCAAAGCCACCCGAAGCGCCGAAUACUCCGUCCUUUAUUCGAAGAACCACCAAUCCAAACACAAAUCCGAGACCUUCUUCAGCACCACCUAUUGAAACUGCUGAGACUACCAUCACACUGCCACUAAGAAAGCCUAGGGUACCAGAGGAAAAAGAACAAGACAAAGAAAAUGAUUUAAGAAACGCUCAACAAGCAACUUUGGCAACACAGGCAGCUAUACAGAGGAGAAGAAGACCAAAGAGAAGAUCAACAGGGGUAGUACAAUUUGAUGUUGAUGAUUUAGAUCAAGAUAAAGAUCCGACUGCUGGAGGCGAUUUUGAAUCAAAUUCUACAGUUGACCAUGAGAGUGACAGGUCCAGUCGAUCGCGUUUGGGAAGCGCAGCUGACAUCAGAAACGAGAACGGUGAAAUCGAUUACAAAAAACUGUACGAACAAGCCAUUCUAGAAAACGAUAGACUAAAGGAUAAGCUGAGGAAAUCAGAUGAAGAACUCCGAGAAACGAAGCAGACAUUGGAAAAAUUGAAUUUAGUGACGAGUAAAAACUCCUUAUCUGAAUUAGAAAAACGAGAGAAGAGGUCGAUGGAGAGGAAAUUAAGUGAAAUGGAAGAAGAAUUAAAGCAAUUACAAAAAUUGAAAUCGGAAAAUGAGCGCUUGAAGGCAGACAACAAGUCGUUAACACGGGUCAUCAAUAAACUCACAGAAUCUGCAAGAAAAUAGCAUUUGGAUAGCUUGAAAACCGAAAAUCAACGGUUGAAAGACGAGAAUGGAGCAUUAAUAAGGGUCAUAAGCAAGUUGUCUAAAUAACACAGACUUCAUACUAUAUAGUUUCUAUUUUUCCAAUUUCUAUUUAUAUGCCAAGACUCUUUUUUGUUACAUGAUUUCUUCCUUGUUAUAGUAAUUUAGUAUUAUUGUUUUAUUUUUUAAUUUAUUGAUAUUUUUAUUAUUUAAUAAUUCACAUUUUCCAAAAAAUAUAAAAAUGACCAUAUCUAAUUGGAUUUUGAUUCAACACACUAUUGAACACAUGUUGAAUAUUUAUAUAAAAAAAAAUUCUUUCAGGUGUGUAUGAAUCCAUUGUGAAAUAUUAUUGAUUCUAUACUUUGUAUGUUUUUGAUUUCUUCUGAGACACCCUCUUAGAGGUUCGGUUUGUUCUUUCUGUGUGUUAACCUGACAGUAGUUUUUGUUUUUCAUGGUUUGCUUUUUGUGAAUUUCGAGCCAAUAAAGAAUUUUUUGCGUCCUAUUCAAAGGUCAUUUUAAUAUUUCCAAGAAUUCCUUCAUAAAUCAUUCAUAACAAAUAAUUUGUUUCUUUUUCAUCAAAUUGGAAUUACAAAUGUCCUUGUUAAAUAAUCAAUGGAUACCACAUGUAUCAAUAAAAUUCAUGAAAAUUUGUAGUUAUUGUAUAUUGAAGAGAACUUGAAUAUAUUUAAGAAAAGAUUAAAUUGUUAAGUAUUAAUUACAUUGUUGUGAUUAUGAUAAACUUUUUUUUUCAAUAUUUGUUGUGAAAAUGUACAUUGUUUUUAGUUUUUAGUAACGCUUUAUGUCAAAUUACUUUUCUAUAUUUAUUUACAAUGACAGUUUCUUCAAUCACUGAACCCACUGAAUGAAUGCAAUCUUUGAAAAUUUUUCUCUGCAAAAUCCAAUUAUUAACCAAACUUAAUUUUUUCUUCAUUUCCUCUCAAAAAUAUUUAUUAAUUCAGUGAUGGAAUCAAUUUAUUUGAAUAUCUAGUCUAGUUGUGACUUGAGAGCAGGAAACAUUUCAAUUAAAAAAUAUGAUUCGGUCAUUUCAGGUUUUUAUUAAUUUCAAGUAUUCAGGCUGAUGUUAUGAAAAUAUUAUAAUUCUAAUUUAUGAUGACAUUGAAAAUUAUUCAUUGAGAUUGAGUAUUUUGUUAUCAGAUUGAUGUGUUGAAGUUUCAUUGACCAGAUGAAUAAUUAUUUCCUUUUAAUGAAAUUGUUUUCUAUUCCAGAAUAGUUUGGAAUGUGAGUAAUUAUUACUUCUUAUGAUAAUUGAAAUAUUUCUUGUGAUUGCAUUUUUGAUUCCAUGAAAUGUUUAGAAAAUUGCUUUCGGAAAAUACUGAUUCCACAAAUAACUUUUAAAUUUCUUAUCAGCUUCAUCAUUUUCAUAAUGAGGUUGUAUUUUAACAUGAUUUCAUCGAACUUGUGCCUUGCUUUCAUUGUAUUCACGAUUGAAUGUAAUUAUUUAAUUUAUUUUCUGUACCAUGUAGAUCCUGUUAGUUACUGUGAAUAGUGAUUUUAUAUUCUAGAAAAUUCUUUCAAUAGAAUUAAUGAACUCUUUAAUUUCAAUAUCAUUUUCCCUAAUCAUGAAAUCUAUGAUUAUGUCUGUCUAAUUUUCUCUUAAAAUAACAACUUGUUCAUUAAAAUGUCAAUUACAAAAACUUUCACCAAUAGGAAUUAUCUGCGGAAGCUAGAAAACCAUGUAAAUAAUAAUAAAAAUAAUGAUAUUGGAUAA